AUUAAAGUGUUCACUUGAUGAAUGUGAGUGUCAAAGGAAUCGAUCUACAGCAGUUCAUUGAGAGACAAACUUAAAUCUUUCAGCAAACAGCUCUCCUACGUUCUAGACAAGAAACAUGUAUACCCUCUAUAUCCAGGUUUUUAUAACGCAUUAUCUUUACUAUUCAGCGGUCAGUCAAAAUUUAUGUGACCAGAACUGUACUGCUAACUUUGUUCUGUUCUCAAACAUUCAGUUGGACGGCUGUCAAUCUGGUCAAUUUUCAGCGAUGACAAUCUCAACCUUGAACUGUCUGAACAACAUUAAAUGCGGGGCUCUGGUUUGUGACAAGAACAUCUCGUGCUCAACAUGCUACUCGCAUUCUAUUAAAAGACUUGUUUUUCCAGAGGUUGAAACUCCAGUCUACUUAAGAAGAAGGCUUGUGAGACUUAACAUCCUGAUAAAUCUUGUCACAAUGGUCACAGAUGAAACAGUGGCUAUUCCAUCUGGAUUAAUGCCAGGAGAUGUGAUUUACCUUAGAGUAACAUUCUUGAAGUACGACAACCUGUACAUUGAACUCACUGAGGAUACUUCUAACGUCAAUUACGAAUUUAGAGCACGAUGUAAUCCUGACCAAUGCUCUUCUACAGGCACGUGCUCAGGCUCCGAAUGUAACCUUAAAUAUGUGACCAUAAAUUCUAAAACCAAUGGGCAGUGGUCAAAUGCGCCGUACACAUCCCAAGAAUACCCGUUCAUUCUGAAUGAGGAGUUUAAGAUUUACUUCCUUGUGAAACAAGACUCAGUGGAUGUUUUUGUCAAGGAACAAUUAUUCUGUAGUUACAAAACACAAAGACAGCCUGAGAACAUUCGUGAGAUUAGUGUUAGAGGCACAGUUUUAGUUCACGAGUUAAGCUUAUAGUAUGACUUGUACAAAUUAUUUAACAACCUUCUUGACUAAACCUUUAUUAGGAGUUUAUGA